AGCCAAAAAUUUUCUCUAUAAGAAGCAACUUUGGAGCCAGCAAGAGUAACGCAGAGGAGAAGACUCUUCGGCAUUAAUUAUCAAGAUAUUAUAAAAAUGUGUUCGAGUUUGAAGCUUUUGUUAGCAGUUUCUGUGUUGCUUCAGCUUUUAGAUUUGAGUAGGGGAAACAAAGUAGGAGUUGACUAUGGAAGGGAUGCUAAUAAUCUUCCAUCACCUGAUAAAGUAGCACAACUGGUUCAAAACCACAACAUUCAAUACGUCAGGAUUUAUGAUACCGAUCCCCAAGUGUUGAACUCAUUUAAGAACACCGGCAUUGAAUUGACGGUGGGCGUUCAUAAUUCGGAAUUACCGGCGUUCCAGUCCCAACCAUACGUAGAUUCCUGGCUCAAAAAUAGCAUCCUCCCAUUCUACCCGGCUACUAAGAUCACCUACAUAACUGUAGGUAACGAAGUGACCGAAAGCCCUGAUGACUCAGCCAAAUUGGUUGUGACUGCCAUGAAAAACGUCGUUUCAGCAUUGAAAAAGUCUAACCUCCAAGAUAGUAUCAAGGUCUCAACUGCACUCUCCUUUGGGGUUUUAUCUAAUUCAUUCCCACCUUCUGAAGGGGCUUUUAAUAGUAACCUUGCAUUUGUCUUGGACCCUUUGUUGGAAUUCCUGAAUGAGAACCGAUCACCUUUUAUGGUCAAUAUAUAUCCUUAUUUUACUGUUAAGGACGAUUCCUCUUUGAAAUUUGCUCUGUUUGAGCCAUCCGACCGAGCCUUUGUAGAUCGGAAUGGUUUCCGUUAUGACAACAUGUUUGAUGCUCAGUUAGAUGCCGUGCAUUUUGCCAUCCUCAAUCAAUUCAGAAGAACCAGGAAGGUAUCUGACGCCCAACUAGAUGCUAUUCAUUUUUCCUUGGCCGAUCAAAACUACAAUGACAUGAAGAUUAUUGUUAAAGAAACAGGCUAUCGUACGAGAGGUCCACCAGGAGAUAAGUAUUCUACUAUUGAUAAUGCCAUGACUUAUAAUAAGAACUUGAUUCAGCAUGUUACCUCUGUUUCUCGUACAACUGCCAUGCCUGGUGAAGUUCAUGUUAUGUCUGGUACACCUGCUAGGCCUAAUGUAGAGGUAGAUGUGUACAUUUUCUCCUUGUUUAAUGAGAACCAGAAGGACGGAUCAGAAAUAGAGGGAUACUGGGGUAUAUUUAAUCCGGACAUGACGCCUGUAUAUAACCUGGAGUUCCCUGGAAAAGGAACCAAUCCAACUCCAAGUGGGAGAAGCUGGUGCAUUGCUUCUCCCCUGGCUCCAAAAUCGGAUUUACAGAAGGCAUUAGAUUGGGUUUGUGGUCCUGGAAAAGCGGAUUGUUCCGCCCUUCAGCCUGGUGGUGGGCAAUGUUUCGAACCAAAUGAUCUUGUUUCACACGCCUCAUUUGCAUUCAACAAUUACUACCAGAAAAAGGGACUCACUGAUGAAGCAUGCAGUUUUGGAGGAACUGGGAUCAAAGUUUAUAGUGACCCUAGCCAUGGUAAUUGCAUCUAUAACGUAAAAAGUAGCGAUCCAAAUGGUAGAACUUGGUGUGUUGCUUCUAGGCAGGCUUCUCAAACGAACUUACAGACUGCAUUAGAUUGGGCUUGUGGUCCUGGAAAAGCUGACUGUUCUUCAAUUCAGCCUAACCAGCAGUGUUUUGAGCCAAAUACUCUACUUUCUCAUGCCUCUUUUGCAUUCAACAAUUACUACCAGAAAAAUGGGGCUACCGAUGUUUCCUGCAGUUUCCACGGAAAUGCCAUCAAAGUUGACAAAGAUCCCAGCUAUGGUAAUUGCAUCUAUCACUGAUUAGGGAAACUGAAGGUAAUAUGACCGAGGUGUGCGCAUGAGAUUGCUAGUUUCUUGCAAAUGGUUUUUUAGUUCCUUUUCUUGUUUGAAGUUGUAAUAUGUUAAGUUGCAUCAUUUCAAAGAACGUUGACAAGGUCGCCUCUAGUUUCCUCUUGGUAUUUGGUAGUGCUGAUUAAGCACUGAAUAAUGAGAACGUACCUCCACUGUUCUACUGGUUGUAACAUGUUUUAUCAAUGCUAUACUACUCAUGCACACGAGGAAGUAUCUCGACA